AAUUAUGUCCCUCACGAAAUCAAUUUCCCUCUCUCUCUUUACUUCCCUACUACUAGUAUUAGUUAAGUUAGUAUAUAUAAUGGAAAGAAGUUCCGUCCCCCCGCAAGAAUUCUCAACAGACUAAAAACUACCACCCAAGUAGUAGUGACCAUCGUUGUGCUGUCCUUAUCCUUCGACCAUGGAACCGUUUAGCUUACUCAAGUUCCGGCGUAGCGCCGGGACUGACCCCAACUCCGACGUCGAUUCCUUGAGCAGCAACAAGAAGACUAACGUGGACGUCCGGAAUCGUGCCCCCGAGACUGAUGAUCAGGAAGAGAGCGACGAGUACGACGACAUCAGCGACAACGACGACCGAGAUUCACAAUCAGAUUCUUUCUUCGAUUUGGUCUUCACAGCUCCCGAUUGCUACAAUAAGCAAGCAAUAAUAGCAAACGACGCUAACUGCAUUCUCCCCCACGAUUCUUCCAAAGGCGACCGCCGCGAGGGCAGCAUUCACAGCUUAAUAGAGCUGGAGUCUCCCCUGAAGUCGAAAGUCUUUCCAGUGGACGUAGUCGACCCCAACUCCAAGCCUCACUCUCCAAUCUCAUUGCUGAAAUCCGCACCCAAGUUCAGAGUCUUGUUGCUAGGCUUUAGGAAGUCUAAAUCAGACGAGCCCCAAUCUAACCCAGCUUCUUCGGAACCCAAACGUCGUCAGUUCCAUAAACCAGCACAGAAUACUAAUCGAGAGAGCAAGCGUUUGGCCGCCGUCAAGUACAAAGUAGAACAAGUUCCGAUCGGAUCAUUGUUCUCCCGAGACAACAGCUUGAGAAGUAAGUUGCAGCGGGAGCGCACCUUUGAUUUUUCCAUAGACGACUCCUCCAAGCCGAUGCCCAAAGACGUCCCAAUGUACUUGAAGCUGAUCAGGCCGCUGUACAUCAGAGCUUCGAAGCGGUACAGCGACAAAAUGAGGUUCCCUUGGGAACAUCAGUCAUCGAGGGUUUCUCCGAUGUCAUCUCCUGCGGGGGAAUCGAGGCGAGGGGUAGAUCGCGGCGGAGGAGGCUUUAGAGCAGUGAGCAAGCACCUGGGGAGGAGUCGAUCGGCUGCGUCGUCGACGGCAGGCAUGACGGCGUCGCCGGCCAACAGGAGAGAUGAUUCGCUGUUGCUGCACAAUGACGGAAUCCAAAGUGCUAUUCUUCAUUGCAAGAGAUCGUACAACUCACCAGCUAAAGAAUGUUCGGGGUGAAUUGCGCUUAUGUCAGGGGAAAUCAACGAAUUUAUCCAGUGAACAACGGAACAGGUGGUGCAGCAGCAUUUCGGAUAUACUACUACAGUACUCCUAGUCUCUUUCUUGUGAGCAAGUAAAGCGGAAUGGGGUGGUACUGCUACUAGAAUGGUAGUAGCAAGUAUUUUGAAAGAAGGCGAGAAAUAGCGGGAAAAUGUGACGAUUGCUAAUUGCUAAAA